CAAGAGACCGCCAACAAGCCGUAGAAAAAUCGUAUAUGUCUCUCACGUUCGCUCGUCACUGUCUGCGACUCCCAAAAAUCUUGCAUACAAAACGCUAAUAAUAACAAAAUGGAAACCCAUUCCGAACCCUAAAAUAUUUACUGAAACCCUCUCAUGGACUUCGAGCUUCUUGUUCUUCACUCGCGGAAGAAUCAACCCUACCAGCAACUCUAGCGAUUGACUACCACGCUUCAUGGACGCGCGUCGCGGUUCCCGCGCCGUCAUCGACCCCAAGGUCCGCCAUGUCGGUUUCUUCACCGCCGCACCUCAUCCAGGUAGAACACAGUCCAGUCCUGCCGUCCCCUUUUCACCUCCUUUAGCUGACUCUCCGGCUAGGAGCUCGCUAUCUCCGGUCAUGAUCCCGCCUCCGCGUCACCUCUCCGACCUCGCUUCUCGUACGGCCGCCUUGCCGGUGCCGGAAUCGGGGUUUAGACGGCAGGUUGCAGGAGAACAAGUGCCUGUCGGGAGCUACAACCCGUCUGAGUCGCUGCUGGGGACCUCGCCCGUUCCCUCUCCUUCGAGUGGGGUUGGGGAUGGAGAGUUGGAUUUCUCGGAGGAGUCUUCGGCCGGUUGUUAUCGACGGAGUAAUUCGGCGAAGUUUGCUUCGAGCUUUCCAGGCAGCGGUUUCGAAACGACGAUGGUGAAGUCGUCCGAGAAUUUAGCAGCGAAAGCAGGAAAGGCAGAAUCAGAAGCUAAAAAGCACAGAAAUGUUGCCGCCGGAUCAGAAUCUAGAAAGCACGCUGAAGUAGCUGAAAAGAGUGCGGGAAAUGUUUCAGAGGUUCAAAGUGUUCUCCAACCUAGUUCAAAGCCUUUGAAGGCUAAAACAACAAAAGCUGAAAGACGUGCUUUACAGGACGCUCAACGUGCUGCUAAAGCUGCCACAAAAGCUGAGGGAAGUAAAUCUGUUGCUGUAUCUGGAGCAGUGGCUCCUAGUAAACCUGUGAAGCAGCCACCACAGAAGAAGAAUGCUCCUCUUGUUGCAUCUUCUGUGGCUGCUUCUGACAAGAAAGGAGGUGAUCGUCCAUCAGAGAAAGAGAGGAAGAAAGAUGUUCCUCCUCCUCGCAUGCAAUUUGACGAUAAGGGCCGAGUGGAGAAGGCUAAAAGGCGUGCAAUGGUUAAUCAAACUGAAGCUAGAAAUAGGGUUGAAUUAUUUCGGCAUUUGCCUCAAUAUGAGCGUGGAUCUCAGCUUCCCGAUCUUGAGUCAAAGUUUUUCCAACUGGAGUCGAUGCAUCCUGCUAUUUACAAGGUUGGAUUGCAAUAUUUGGCUGGGGAUAUUGCAGGGGGUAAUGCCCGAUGUAUUGCAAUGCUUCAAGCAUUUCAGAAUGCCAUUAGAGACUACUCCACACCCCAAGAUAAAACUCUUUCUAGGGAUCUAACUGCAAAAAUCAAUAGUUAUGUUUCAUUUUUCACUGAAUGCAGGCCUCUUUCUAUUAGCAUGGGAAAUGCAAUUAGAUUUCUAAAGACUCGAAUUGCCAAAUUAUCUUUAACUCUCUCUCAAUCAGAAGCAAAGGCAGCACUCUGUGCAGAUAUUGACUUCUUCGUAAAUGAGAAGAUAAUACUUGCUGACAAGGUGAUUGUUAGGCAUGCUGCUACGAAGGUCAGGGAUGGAGAUGUUCUUCUCACAUAUGGAUCAUCAUGUGUUGUUGAGAUGAUUGUAUUAUAUGCCCAUAAGCUUGGAAAACAGUUCCGUGUUGUCAUAGUAGACUCACGUCCAAAGUUUGAAGGCCGAGCAUUACUCAGGAGGCUGGUGGAAAAAGGCCUGAGUUGUACAUACACUCACAUAAAUGCUGUUUCUUAUAUUAUGCAUGAAGUAACACGUGUGUUUUUGGGGGCUGCCUCAGUGUUGUCAAACGGGACUGUGUAUUCCAGGGUUGGGACUGCAUGUGUUGCUAUGGUUGCUCAAGCAUUCCAUGUUCCUGUCUUAAUCUGUUGUGAAGCUUAUAAAUUUCAUGAAAGGGUACAGCUUGACUCUAUUUGCUCCAACGAACUGGGUGACCCAGAUGCCAUAGCAAAGGUUCCUGGACGAGCAGAUGUGAAUUACCUGGAUACUUUGACGAAGAAGGAGAACCUGCAACUACUAAAUUUAAUGUAUGAUGCUACUCCAGCAGAUUAUAUAUCUAUGAUUGUCACAGAUUAUGGCAUGAUUCCACCCACAAGCGUGCCUGUUAUUGUCCGCGAGUAUCGAAGAGAUCACUCUUGGAUUUAGGAAAACUAUUCAGAGUACAAAUAAUUUGAUGAAUAAAGGAGGAAUUCAAGGUACAGAAUGAUGACUGCAAGCAGGGCAUAAUAGCAGAAGAAGCUUUGUUUUCUACAUUUGGUUGGGUGCUGUAUUAACUAUUCUUUACGUAGAAAUUAUGCAAUAUCAAAGUAAUCAACUCUUUUAUUUUUA